UUCAGAGYUUGSGCGAAGAAUUCARCAAAAGCUUAGAUACGGAAACUUUGAGUCUUUGUUUAUCUGGUCUCCUUGGCUGCGAGAAACUGUUUAUAUKUGUUUACUUUGCUGCAAAAGCGACAAACUGACAUAAACUUCUUCAAAACUUCCACAGUGAGAUUAUCACGCCAUCAUUUCAAGAGACAGUUGURGAAAUCUGAAAUCGCAUUUUUAUUGAAGAACUUGUCUACUGAAAUUUAAAAUCGUUCACACAUCGUUUUGCACAUUGUUAUCAGUAUGGGCUGCGGUGGAAGCAAGAGUGUAAAGACUAAAAACUCCGUKGYUCCUCAGGCGAGCGAGGGUUUGACGGCACAGCAGAUAGAGCUUGUAAGAGACACUUGGAAGGAUGURAAACAGGACCUUGAAGGCCACGGGGUUACGUUUUACACUAGRCUCUUCACAGAACACCCUGAAACCCAACAGCUGUUUACGUUCAGAGAUGUAGAAGGAAUCGAUAAGUURAAAGAAGACGAUCGGUUCAAGUUUCAAGCAAAGAGAGUGAUGGAGAUGGUGGGAGCGGCAGUCGAUGGACUAGAUGAUGUUCCUUCUCUUGCUGGAGUAUUAAAAGACCUUGGUGCAAGACACGUUAAAUGGAAUGUUAAAGAGGAGCAUUAUGGGCCUGUCGGGGAAGCGCUGGUGUUCACUCUUCAAACAGGCCUAACUGAGAAGUUUACAACAGAGGUCAAAGAGGCAUGGUUGGCAGUUUAUGGAAUAGUUGCUGACAAUAUGAAAGCCGGUGCAAGAGAGGCCCAAACAUCGGGUUAAAGCAUCUUAAUGGAAUUUAAAAGAUUGAAACGUUUCAUUCUCGUACGAAUAGCCUGAGUAAUUUUGUAGAAGACAGCAAAUAUCUCUCUUGAAGUUUUAAUGCGCUGCUAAAACGUGUUUUGCUGGCAACGYAUUAUGGGCAUAGCUAAAGACACCCCUCUGUUAUGGACCCUCCUCUAUUACAAGCACCUCUCUAUUAUGGACCCCCCCUAUUAUUGGUACCCGACUAUAAUGGGCACCCCCUUAUUAGAAGUACCCUAUAUUAUGGACCCCUUCUUAUUAUGGGUACCCCUCUAUAAUAAAUUACAUUUGGCAUACAUGUAGCAAAACAAGAGUGACAGCCGGGAACAAGUCUGCUAAAUUCCUGCUUAGUAUGGGGGUGAUAGAAAGCAACUUCUGCCAUUGUAGAAUCUUAAUCAAAGUCUAAAGAUUGUUCAUAAUACAACAGGAGAAAAAAAAAUAUUUCAUUUACUAUGGCCUUUUUUUAAUGUUGAUUGAUGGGAAUAUCAUGCAGGCUCGUCGUACAAGAAUAGGCCUUUUGCAUGAAAUGGUCACAUGGUACAAAAUCCGCCAUACUGGAUGGCAAAAGAAUUAUGUAAACAACCUUAAAAAACAAAAGGAAYGCAGCCUGUCAAGCUUGACUUUUCUUUGUUUUGUACAUCCCAGUGGGUAUUUUGCCAUCAAGUAUGGCGGAUUUUCUACCAUGUGACCAUUUCAUGCAAAAGGCCUAUUAUUCACAUCCUUGAAAAAGGAUUCAAAGAAGUUCAUAUUUACUCACAGAAAGGGUUUACAGCUAAAGCUACCAUUUAUAUUUAUAUCAUAGUAAUAAACUUUGUAAAUAUGUCAUCAUAAUACCAUAUUAGAAUUAGAUGCUUAAAGUAAAAUACUCUGUUAUCAUUGGUURUUGCUGUAUUCACAUUUUUGUCAUAGACACAUUGUACAUAUCAAUCUUGUUCCUGGAGGGUAGUGUCAGCAGACAGUUUUAUAGCAUUUUAAUGAUUUGUUUUGCAUUUUCAUUUUGGAAAAAAAAAUUGUUACACAGUUAUCCUCAUACAAUAUCAUAACCAGGACAAAAUCUUUACUGAUA